UCUUGCCACACCCCCCUUUCCCAUGGAUGGAUGGCACGCGCACUGUGUCUGGGCAGCCUGAUCGCAUGCGGCGCACGAGGAGGAAGAAGAGGAGGAAUAAGAGAUGGGAAGAGAAGGAAAGGGGGAGCGGGAGGGGCAGGGAGGAACGGCAAGGAGGUGUACGGGGAGUACGAGGAACUGCACGCGAGUCCAGGCCACGCCGUUGUAAAAAGUCUGUCGGCUCCCCGACGCGAGACACCCUACUGGUCAGCGAGGUUCACUGCCCCCGUCUCCCAGCUCCCCAUCCUCCUCCUAUCUGGGAACCAGCCGCGGUGGACCUCCUCCUCGACCAGCCAACGCCGCGCCGCCCCGACGGCCGGGCAAAAGGAUCAGCCCGACUCCGGGCUGCGGCGGAAGUACCCCGCCUCGCCCGGGGCGUCCACCGUCCUGCCCAGCGUGCCGUACCUUGACGUCCUCGUCCUUGAAAGGCUGGACCAUGAGCCACUGCGGAGCCCGGGGACGGCGAUCAGCCACGGCAGGGCGAUCACGAGCAGCUCUGGCGCGCCGAAGCCCUCGUACGUGAGCUCGAUGGCGUGCGCGGGCAGGGCACCGCGGCGCCCACCGCGCCGGCAAUCGCAGCAGUACCGGCGGCGGCGCCAGGAGAGCCCUGAGCGCGGGGCGGGGCGACGAACGCGGGCGCGGCGAGGACCCAGACGUACAGCGCGGCCACCGCCAGGAGCAGCGGGGCCAGGCGGGCGCUCCUGCGCGGCGCCAUCGCGCGGGGGGCCUCCACGGGCUGGGGCAGCGCCUUCUUGAGGGCCAAGAUGGCU